ACAACUAAUCCCAUACCCCACUUGGAACGGUAACCGGACGAGAGGCCAUGGUUCACCAUACGGUUAAGCCGUCCUAUCGGCUUUCCUCUCCCCCAGGACACAUAUGUAAAUCCUAUUCCUGGUUUACCUCCCUCAUGAAAAUUAUCACUGUUGAAUCCGAAUACCCUGUAUGAGAUAAUUGCUGGGAUCCUUGGUGUCACAUUGUGGUCUAUGUAACAUCUUAUGGCUCCUUCAAACUCCAUAUUCACAUUUGUUACUUCAACUCAGCUGCAAGCUGUCGCUGACUAGAUGACUCUGUGAGUCUUUCCACGUCAACUGCACCAAGCCGAUAUCUGUUUGUCAUUUUGUUACAUUAUAUUAUUUAUUCUUUUUUCAUAUCGCGCAUUGUUUUUGCAUGACGAAAAAAUGAAUAUCUGAAUCUAUCCCUAGUUAUCUUAUUAAAUACUCAUUUGCUUAUAUUGGACUAUGUUGUGCCAGAUUGGCUGGUUCUCAACCAUUGAUCUGUGGUCCAUUAAGAGGCCCCUGAUUUUUCUAUUGUCUCUACAAGACCACUCCCCUUUCUUCUUAGUUUCAUUGCUUGAUAAGGUUAUUUCGUGGGGUGUUUUCACUGUUUGAGCAUAAUGAAAUUUGGAAUUGACCACAGAAAUGAUAAACGGGGGCCAUGAGUGCCAAAAGCCUUCAGAAGAGGGCCACAAGCCAUAAAAGGUUGAGAACCACUGUCAACUUAUUAUCUUUGUUUUUUUAUAACUUUAGAAUAUGGAAACUGUGCUUAAAGAUUUAACUUAUGUUGAAAUUUGUCUUGAUGAAGACAUAAUAGAUGAAGCAAGCCUUUUAUCUGAGGAGAUAAAUAGAGAGAAAAUUACAAGUAUUUCUGGAAACACUGCAGUCGAAGAUAUUUGCAAUGCUGAUAAUAGUGAUAAAUAUAUGCCAUGUGAAGACACAGGAGAAUUUACGAGCCAUACCCAAGAUACUGCUAGAACUGAUAUAAACAGCACUGUUAUCUUUGAAGAAGACAAUAAUGAAUUUGAUUCUGAAGAAUCCUCCGUCAUAGCAAUGCAGGAGCAGAAUGAACCCACUGCUGUUUUUGUAACUGAUCUCAACUCAGGGUUCUUAUCAAAAGAUGAAUUAUCUGUUUAUCUUCAACAGGGAUCUAUUGAUAACGCCCAUCAAAGUGAUAAUCGCUUAAUUACUGAUAAAGAGCAAAAUAAGAAGUUAAUCGAAGGUAAUGGACAGAAAUUGUCCAACUUUAUUGACAACGCUCAUGUAACUGAUAACAGGCAGAAAUCAUCUGAUUGUAAUGAAGACAAUCGUCUGAGUGUUAGGGUAUUAACUACUGAUAAAGGAGGAAUAUUGCAAAGUAAUCAUGAUCUCAUUAUUGAUAAGGAUUCCUAUACUAAUGAGAAUUAUUUUAAGAUAGCUCGCAGUCUCUUGAAUGAUAUUAUUGAUUAUAUUAUCGAAAAAGAAAUUUCUGAUAAAACUGAAAUUUGUAACAUAUGUGGGAGAGGAUUUGACUCAUCAGCUAAGUUGGAAAGGCAUUUGGAGUUCCACAUAAGAGGUCGAAAAAUACAUUAUUGCUCUGUGUGUGGCAAGGAUUACGAUCAAAAAUCACAUCUGGAGUAUCAUAUGGUACGACACACCGGUGUAAAGCCUCAUACAUGUGAAAUAUGCGGGCAGAGUUUCACCCAAAAACCAUGGUAUAACAUACACGUAAAAUCACAUACAUCAAAACCAAAUGUUCCUUGUGAAAUAUGCGGAAGAAGGUUUUGGGCAAAACACAUCUUGAAUAAACAUAAGAGGAAACAUCAUAGUGGGUUGCCUUUUGUCUGUAAUAUUUGCGGAAGCUCUUUCAGUGGAAAACAAGGUUUGGUACAGCAUGUGAACGUACAUCCGCCACAUAUAUGCGAAACAUGUGGCAAAGAGUUUAAUAAUUAUAAAAGUCUACGCUUGCAUUUUCCCUCUCAUAAACCAAGCUGGCCUGAGCAUGUCUUUGCAGACGGUGUAAAAGGUUUUCGUUGCGGAGUUUGUAAAAGAACAUUUCAUCGAAGACAAGAUCUGACUUUCCAUUCGCAAGCUCAUGCUUCUAAAGUUCAUAAAUGUCAAGUUUGUGGUGCUGGAUUCGUGCGGGAUAGCUUUUUAAAGAAGCAUAUGAUUGCACACUCAGAAAGACCGUAUAAAUGUGAAUUAUGCGUAAAAAGUUUUCAUCAUAAAAAGUCUUUAGAAAAUCAUCAAAUAUAUCAUACAGGAAUAAAACACUUCGGUUGUCAUAUUUGUGGUAGAAGGUUCUAUUGGAAACAUCGCUUGGCUAUACAUCUAAAACGCCAUAAAAAUGUAAAGACUGAAAAUGCUGUACCUGGUAACGAUUCUGAAUUCGCUCAGCAGACUUCUACAUUACAAUGCGAAAAAAUGGAUAUGGAUGAAGCAUCUGGAAUUGGUACUGUAGAACCCAAUAAUGGAAGUGUAAUGUCAGGAAAUUGUAUUUCCAUAGGACAAAAAGGGAACUCACAAACAUCAACAUUCGCGAUAGGCGAAGCUGAGGAAUUCAAUCUUGGUUCUGUGAAAUUAACCGGGCAUAAAAUAGUAUUCUCUCCUGAAGUGAAUUCAUUGUCUCUCCCUUCUGAACAAACUCGAGCAAUAGCAAUUUUGGAUGCUGAAUCGAUAGUGAAAUUCGCUAUGCAUAACAUGUCGAAAAAAACUAAAGAAUCAGUUAAGGUACCAAAGAUGGCGAACAUAAUGACGAUAAAAGAGGGAGAUUCUGAUCCCUAUAAUAUCAGGACUAUGGGUGAUGAGCACUCAUAAAAAAUGGACAGUUGAUCGUCGUGUCAUGCUGAGCGUCAGGAAUACGAUGCCAUCGAACCUCUUAAUACCUUACGCAGCUUAGAAUCUCAUGGAGCAUAAUUAUUCCCAUACCGGACAUGGACUGGCAACCAGACAUGCCGUCGUGUCGCCAUAUGAUUAAGCCAUCUUAUCGACUUCCCUUCCUAUAUUUGAUGAGAAUUAAAUAAAGCUACAUGCACUCAGAAAUAAAAGAGGCAAAAUUAGAGAGAACCACUGAAACACAAACUGCUACAGCAUCCACAAGUUAUUUUUGAUUGCUGCGAGACUUCAGCAUUUUAAGUCAAUACUAUCAGGAUAACAGCGGUUCCCAACCGGUGGCCUGCUCAAAAGGGCCACAGAGCAGUUGGAGGGGGGCCAUGAUGCUAGACGAAAAACUGAUUUCACCUUUACAUUACAAUAAACUCCCAUUUUUU